ACUCUCGCUACGGAUUUGUGCUCGACCGGGCGACAUCGAGUGGCAGCAGCUCCUGGUUCCCCCCCGCAACGGUUAUCGAUCGAGCACGCAAAUCAUCAGCAAUCCUGACAUGCCGUCCGGCGUCCCAGCUCUCUAACCAUCCACACAGCAGAUCUUACCUUGCGAAGGAUUUCUCCCAGCAGCCAUAGAAGCAUUUUAGAUAGGAAUUAGAUUUCCAAUCUUACGUGCAUCCUACUCUGCCGGCAGGUUUCUUACCCUCGAGCCUAACCGGACGGCUUGAUAUCGAGCUCCGCCCAGACAUCGAGUUACACGGAUCACAUCGUACCAGCAACCGUUAGGAGAGCAAUUGGAGAAAUCAAUUGGGGGACAUCCAUAGCCGAUUGGCAACAUUUGCAAUUACAAGAAUUAUCCACCAUGGAGUUGUCAUCGCCUCUCGCGGCUAUUCAGCCCAAUGUGUGGAAGUUGGGAGGGCGAUUUGAGAGCUCAUCACAACUUGGUCCAAACAGCUUCAACUUCAGGGACAUGAGCAUGAAGAGACAUACCAGCAAUGAGAACAAGGACUACUUCGCCACCUCUAAACCAUUGCGAGGAUCUUCACCCUCCGCGAGUUUGGCCGCUGACCUCUCGUCCAACUUCCAUAUCGAUCAAAGUCCGCAGUUGCCUCCCACUCCUCGCCGUUCCCUGUUCACAUCCAAUAUCUUCAAGGACUUUGCGAGUAGAGACGGAGCCACAACUCCGCCAAUUCGCUUCAAAGGAAGCACCACACCCCCCAUUCCGUCGUCCCCGGGGUUUGGCUAUGACAUUAUGGUCUCUUCCCCUCUUCCGCACAAGCCGGCUGCACGAGUGUCAGAAAUCAAGUUUCAGAUUUCGAGCCCUGACUCUCGAGAGGACAUGAUCUUUCCCACCGACACUCAAGACUGCUUCACCAGUAUGCCCAGGAAUGAAAGCUUUCGAUUCGAGAACCGUCGUCCAUUCCCACGACCAUCCCUCAACCGAACCAAGUGUCUGUCUGCAUAUAAUGUUCCCCGUUCUCGACCAGAGAACCAGCUUCCGCCCUUCAAGUUCGGAGGUGGUGUCACCAACAUCUCCGUCUCACCCAACACUCUUUCGUUGGAUGACGCCUUUAUGGCCUCCCCACCGGCCAAGAUGCCCGCCUCCCCUCAACUCAUGGGACCCCCUCGUUCACGUCCCUCAUUUCUAAACACCAACAACACUCGAGGGAAUGGAUCUCCACUCAGCGGACAGGUCAAGCGGAGCCAAUGUCCCUUCCCUCGUCCUCGGAAGCAAUUCCGUCGCUCCAACAGCAUGUUCGAGCAUCCUGGAGAUGUGAUGAAGCAAGAUUCUUCGCCGUUCCAGGGCAAUGCUCUUCCUACCGUGAUGGAUGUGGAUGAUGCUUAUCAGCUUAAGUUACCUCAUUCAUUGCAACCACAUGAGCCAGACAGUCUGCCUCGCCUGGAUGCCGACACCAUGAUCCGCGUUCUGGACGGGGAAUUCGCACAUUUGUUCGACAACACCGUCGUCGUCGAUUGUCGAUUCGAGUAUGAGUUCGAUGGCGGCCACAUUGACGGAGCGGACAACUACAACGACAAGGACAAGUUAGCCCGAGAGCUCUUCGACUGCCCUUCACCAUCUCAGAGAACUCUUCUCAUCCUCCACUGUGAAUAUUCCGUGCAUCGUGCACCUCUCAUGGCGAAAUAUAUCCGCGCCCAAGACCGCGCCGUCAACGCAAACCACUACCCCCGCCUCACCUACCCCGAAGUCUACAUCCUCGAUGGCGGCUACUCCGCCUUCUUCAACGCCCACCGCACCCGCUGCGUCCCCCAAUCCUACGUCGAGAUGGGCUCCAAGGAACACGAACGCGCCUGCGAACGCGGCAUGGACCGCCUCCGCCAGCGCAAGAAGCUCAGCCGUGCGCAGACGUACGCCUUCGGCCAGCGGAACAUCACCGGGAUGACCCUUGGCGGCAUCCAGGAGAGCCCGACCGCACCGCAGGGGCGGAGUCAGAGCCAUCGGAUGGUGUUGGGUCGACAAGACGACUGGGCGGAGGCGAAUAAUGUCUUCGAUACGAGACGGUCCCUUACCAAGCGGAUGGCGUCGUAUUGAGCGGUUCUGCAUCAUGCAUUGAGCAUUUCUAUUUCUGAUAUCGCUUUUCCCGCUUGGGGAAGCGGGCGUUCCACGAUGGUUGCAUUUCGGCGGUGUCGAAUGCAGUCUAUGACUUCUCACGCACGUCUCUUCUUCGUUUCUCGAACAUGCUCGCUGAGUAUCUUACUUUCCGGCCACCGGCCUAACUUUACGGACCUUUUCUUAUCUUCGGAGCCUCUCGAGCUGUCCCUUCGUCGAGCUGACAGAAAUCCUGGCUCAACUCACCACGAUCGUCAAUCACCGUACCUUUCUAUGUCUACCGCCACGGACGGCGUUGUCUACACACUCACGAAAACGUCUCCUAUUGCCUUUU